AUGACAGCGGGAGGCCGCGAGUGGGGGAGGGAGGAGGGACCGAAGGAGCGCGGAUCCCCGUUCUCCCGAUCGCAAACUCCGAGCUACAGCUUUCCGCGCGCACCCGAGCCUCUGGCCGCCCGCUCAGCCCGACGCCGAAGCGGGGCGCAGUGGGAGCCCGUGCAGGGCGGGCGCGGGGCGGCGGCGGCGGCCGUCCAUGCGGCGUGCUCCGGGCUGCCGGGCGCCGGGAAGCACGCGGGGGCGAGGCUAGGCGGCCGCCGGCCGAUCCGGGACGCGGACCGCCAGGUCCCGCAGCGGAUGGCGGCGGCCCAGGGCAUCCCCGAGGACAGCGGCGGCGGCGGCUCCCCGGGCGUGUGGGGCGCCUGGGGGCCCUGGUCCGCCUGCUCGCGCAGCUGCAGCGGCGGCGUGAUGGAGCAGACGCGGCCCUGCCUGCCCAGCUCGUACCGCGCGCGGGGGGCCCUGCGGCCCGGAGCGCCCCCGCGCGCCUUCGCGGGCCACGUGGUGUCGGCCGUGCGCACGUCGGUGCCGCUGCACCGGAGCCGCGAGCGCCAGGAGCUGCGCGCCCCGGUCGGCCCCGAGGCCAGCCGCCAGGGCCCGGGGUCGCGGGGCAGCCGGCACCCGCAGGCGCGGGCCCGCGACCCCACGGCGGAAAGAAGGUACACGCGCCCGCCCGCCACCUCCCCUGCCCGUGUCCCUGCCCUUGUCCCCCGCCUUGCGCCCUCCCCCUCCGUGGAGCCUCUCUGCGCCGGCUUCCAUGAUGUCCCCUUCUCCUGGGAGGCCCGCCCUCCACCUCCCCGGUCUGCCACAGGCUCUGUCCCAGAGUUUCCAUCCCUACCCAGUCCCCUCCGUUGUGACCACAGCGUCGGGGUUAACGGGGAACACCCUGUGACUCCUUUCAUCUCUGUUUGUGUGUCUUUCUUCAGGAGCAGGACCCGCGGCCCCAUCGGCCCUGGCAAGUAUGGCUACGGUAAGGCCCCGUACAUCCUGCCACUGCAGACGGACUCGGCACACUCGCCGCAGAGGCUUCGGAGGCAGAGGCCUUCCAGGUCGCAGGGGGCAUCGGGUCCCAGCCACGGCUACAGCCCGCCGGCCCACCGGGCUCCCCAGCACGGGUCUCUGUACCAGAGUGACGGGGGCCCCCGUUCUGGACUGCAGACCUCCGAGGCCUCCGUCUACCAGCUGCCGUUGACCCAUGACCCAGGCUUCCCCGCAGCUUCCAGUCUCUUCCAUGGCCUGGAAAGCGGCAGCAGCCACGACCCGGGGGCCCCCAGGGCAGCGCAGAGCUCCUCACAGCCCGCCCGGUCUGCAGCCAUCUCCUGCAUCGGGGCCUACCGACAGUACAAGCUGUGUAACACCAACGUGUGUCCAGAAAGCAGUAGAAACAUCCGGGAAGUCCAGUGUGCGUCCUACAACAACAAGCCCUUCAUGGGACGCUUCUAUGAAUGGGAACCGUUUGCAGAAGUAAAGGGCAACCGGAAGUGUGAGUUGAACUGCCAGGCAAUGGGCUACCGCUUCUACGUCCGCCAAGCUGAGAAGGUCAUUGAUGGUACCCCCUGUGACCAGAAUGGCACGGCUAUCUGCGUGUCUGGGCAGUGCAAGGUGCACAGCGACAGGAAGGGAUGGAGUAUAUUGGUUAAAAACAUGCCCUCAGAAGUCGACCGCCUGGAUUCAAAUUCUGCCUCUUCCACUGUGUGA